UUGGUAGCAGAUCACAUAACGGCAGGUGCGUUCGAUAGUGCGGCACGUCUUCUGCAAGAUCAACUUGGUAUCACGCGUAUACAACCCUUUAAACAUCAUUUUCUCACCGCAUAUGCAAGAUCACGUACGGCAUUCGAGGGACUUCCAUCUGCGGGAGUGAAUUUUGCGUAUCCGUUGCGUAAUUGGCAAGAUGCAGCUGGUAAGAAUGGCUUACCGGCUGUUGGUUUACAAUUAGGUGAUCUGGCGAAUCGCCUUCAAGUUUGUUAUCACCUUACAACGAGUGGCAAGUUCGGUGAGGCAAUCGAGAAACUUCGUCAGUUACUGCUCUCAGUACCGCUUCUUGUGGUUAAUUCAAAACAAGAGGUGGCUGAAGCACAGCAGCUGAUCGAUAUUUGUCGUGAGUACUUGGUUGGUCUUCUGCUGGAAACGGCUCGUAAAGAGUUACCAAAAGAGGGUAUCGAAAAUGCGAAACGAAAUGCUGAAAUGGCCGCUUACUUCACGCACUGUCAACUACAACCUGUGCAUCAAAUAUUGACGUUGAGAACGGCAGUGAAUCUCUUCUACAGAUUGAAACAAAUGAAAACAUGCGCUUCAUUCUCUAGAAGACUUCUUGAACUCGGACCAAAGCCCGAAGUUGCUGCUCAAAUUCGUAAGGUAUUGGCGAUUGCUGAAAGGGAUCCGACAGAUGCUCAUCAGUUACGUUACGAUGAGUUGAAUCCAUUCGUCAUAUGCUCACGAACAUUCACUCCACUUUACAGAGGCAAACCACAGGUGCGAUGUCCUUUCUGUGGAGCAUCAUAUUGCCCGGAUUUAUCUGGCGAAAUCUGUGACGUUUGUCAGGUUGCUGAGAUUGGACGUGACGCAAUUGGUCUAAGAAUCAGUGCAGUUCAAGCAAAUAAAUAA